AAGAAUGCACAACUUCGGUAUACUUCGUUGGGUUCCGUGUAAAAUGUACAACUCCGGCAUACUUGGACGUCGGAACUACCACCUUUUCUGACUCAACAAUCAGUCCCCUCUUUGCUUCAACAUCACGUCGAUGUACUGUCUAUCAUUGGUAUGCGGGUACAUUAACAUGCACGGACUAUAUCAAUCGCGCGUCCGAUCUCAUUGCUUCGACCAUCUCAUCACUAAAAUUGACAAUUCUCACCCGGUCAUGCCCGCAAGGAGGGAACCCUCAAAAUACUACGCUUGGACAUGCAAAUCACCUAGCGACUUAAGUGAUUGGCCGAGUGACUACCUGAUGCAGGGCUCAGGCUGGUCAUGGCGACAAAGACCUCCAAAACCCUGUCGGACCUCAGUGUCACGCAAUUCCAUGCCAGUCCUUACUCAGCUCUCCACGUCGAGUUGACGCACAUGUCUCUGGCAAAUAACUCUAUCCCGGUGUUAGCUCGAUGCUGUAACAGAUAAUGAAGCCUUCAGACUGGUGUGGUUGCUUCAAGGACAAUGUACUCACGUGUCACAUGGCCCACAUCCACUGGUAAUCUUCACAAAGCGUCCCUGUACGAACUCCACAGGCGUUUGUACACC